UUGAGGCGAAAUGGCAAAAGAGUGAAAAUCACAUUGCAUUUGUUUAUCAACUCUACUGGCAUAACAAUGCGACUAUCUAUUUACUCAGCGUGUCACUUGCUGCAGUGGCUGUUGCCAAGACAAGAAAGGAAAGGCAAUAAGAAAGAGCUGCUGAUGCCAAGAAUGCGUGUUCAAACCGCUGCAGAAGCCACUCGCCAAAUGCUAACUAAAAAGAAAAACAACAAAGAGUGGCUUUCGUUGCUCAAAAUAGUAAUUGCUGAUUCUAAUGACGCAUUUUGGGAAGACACCACUUGUGAGACUUUAAUGAAGCGAUGGAAGAAAUAUGGCAUGAGGAUGAUAUGGGAGAAGACAAACACAAAAAGAUGUUGCAUCAAAUAGACCAGGAAUGCUUGGACGUUUACAAGCGAAAGGCUGGUGAAGCUGCAAAUGCAAGAGAACUCCUUAAAGUUGGCUAAUGCAAAAUUGGAGCAGUCGGGUCGCCAGGGAAC